AUAUAACCGCCCUUGAUUUUAUUUUUUUAAUUAUCUACAUUUAUCUUUAUUGAGGCAUUUCUACUCAUCGGAGGGCCUCUGCCGCGUUCCCACGGGCUCGAAGUUAAGUGGUACACGGCAGUCGCAUUUGAGUCCAAUGCUUUGCUGGAACAAUGGCCAGUCCUUUCCAAGCAAAUGAUCUCCGGACAAACAUGGACAACCAGCGGUCCGAGAGCCCUAACGGCGGCAAACCGAUAUCAUUUAAGACGAAUGUGAACCGCGCCAAGACGAAACGCUGGGUGGAGGCAAAGAAGUACUCGUACGAUGGAAACGAUUGGGGUGACGAUGAGUAUGAUGAGUACGACAAUGAUCCGCCAGCUCCCCCCGUUCCUGCGAUAGGUCCUACCAGUUCGAAUGCAACUGCCCCGGCCUCUGCCAUGAGCCAUCCACCCCGCUCCUCCACUCUACCAUUGCCCUCCCAAAUUCUGGGCCGCCCGGCUCCCAUGUCGGCUAUGGACCGCUCACGUUCUUUCGAUCACAUCGGCUCUACCUUGAAAGUUGAGGAUCGUGGAGGUAGAAGUCAAUCAGCAGAAGCAGAAAGUUUGGCGGAGUCCAGGGACACCAAACCACUGCCAUUCAUACGGCCAGCAGAUAUCUAUAAGAGGAUGCGGGAAGAGAAGGAAAGGCAGAACAGCUCUGCCUCACAGUCUAGUCAACCAGUGUCGGAUUUCCCGGCUGUAGAUCAGCCUAGUGGUCCGGGAAUCGAGCCCCAGGCUCCUCCCCCACCCGUCGCUCUGCCUGUACAAGACACGAUGGUGUUAGGAGGCUCCCCGUUGCAGCAGUCAUUGGUUGAGCCCUCCCCUAGCAUCGGUGGGGGGGAAAGCGAGAAAGCGGUACAGAAUGUGGCGCGUGAUGCCCCUACCCUAGGAACUCCAUCUGUUUCUCUACCGCCGGUCCAACCACUGGGAAGUUUUAGUGCGGACUUCUUUGGAAAUACUGGUUCGAAUGCCCAGACAUCAACAACCACAGAGCCACAGCCCUUGGAGGAGUCAGGAGAACUUCACCACAGAUCAUCAUCUGGGUUUCGUUCCGUGGUGCACCAGGCCUUUGAUGCUCAAACUCCGACAUCCACCACCGAAAGCGUCGUCCGGUCUAAUAGUGACGGUACUUCGAUAAUCAGUCCUAUCAUUGGUCAUCGUGGGUUCAGUGACGAUAAAACACCAACCAUCCCGGAGGAGCCUGGAGAGAUAGGGAAUGCUCUGGCAGACUUCAAGCCGGGCCAUCGUCGAGACUUGAGCCUACCAAGCUCCGAAAAUAGCCCCUCCAGACGUCCCGUUAUUACGGAGUCAGAGAAGUCACAUCAGUCCGAACUUGCCGUGGUCGACUUGGCUACUCCAGGACUUCCGCCUCAAGAUGGUCACGAAAGCUCUCUGCAACAGGGCCAUGAGCUGACAAAGCCAGAGCUUCCUGUAGACAGCGAGUAUAGCUCUCGUGGGCGUUCUCAACAACCACACUUGGGUGCCUCUGAGAUAUAUCUGCCACCGCCGCUCAGGCUCAACAGCAGUGUCUCUUCCGAUCCUGAUCCUGAUAAUGCUCAUGAUCAAGUUCCGGUUGUUGUGCAGUCCAUAAGUACGGAUACUUCGCCGCAGGAUACGGAGAACGACCGACUAAGACGGGAGAUUAUUAUGUCUUUGAGUAGGGAGAACAGCCCGUCAUAUGAGCCCCAGCCAGGACCACAAUCGGAGCUUGAUGCACGAACUGCCGGAGACCAAGGCGGCAACUCGGCAUCAGAUGCAGAAAAACAUGAUGUUCCGCCCUUGUAUUCGAAAUCUCUGCCCUCCAUCCCGCCGCCUACCACAGAGUCAGAUCAGUCAACUGCUCCUCGCCCUAAGCUGGAGAGGCGGUUUUCGUGGGAAUCGAGUGGUUCGGAAGCAUCUGAGCCGGUUCCUGACAAUGCUGCUACUUCACCGUCAGUUGAUCCCUCGUUAAACAACACUGUUGCACCAUCAUACUUCCCAACGACGGACGGAGAAUCCCUCAAACCUGUCGCGUUCGCGACCAGUGAUGAGAGCACUAGUCGGCCAUCUACUCGCGAAAAGCCCCAGCUGACUAUUUUGCCUCCUGCUCCUAUAAAUGAAUCCACUAUAGAGGCAAUAGAUCCAAAAGAUAUACGAGGCACUGCGGACCUGGAUGGCAGCCAACCACAGCAAGAACGCGAGGUUCCAGCUCAGGCGCCGUUGGUUAUUCCGAUCUCUGAGAAGCCGCUCAAGGAGCCAACCAUCUUGGGCUUCCGAGACAUUGUUGGUAUCCAGUCUUCGGAAGAACGAGUACGAGCUUUUGAUCGCACUCGUGGGCAAUUCGCCGCGACCGAUACCGGCUUAAACGACUGGAUUCAAUCGAUGCUAGAAGCUUACCCCGAAUAUGCAGACGUGAUUGAACAAAGCCAGAAUGCCUCCACUUCGGCAUACCGGCCAACCACGGCAAAACCCAAAUUUCCCAAGUUGCCCUCUCUUAGCAAUUUCACCUCCCUUCAGGACGGUUCAUCUUCAAGCCCCGGGCAUGUUCGGCGCUCCUCUGCGCCCCUUGGGGCGAUGAUGAACCGCCAGAAUGUGGAACAGCGAGGCAAAGAGCUUUUGCACACGGCUGGCGUACUGGGUGGCAAGGGCCGAGAAGCAGCCAAGGGCUUGUUUGCAAAAGGCAAGAGUAAAUUUCGAGGGGGCAACGACAAGGUCUUGUCAUCCUCUCCUGGUGCUCGCAGGAGCCUGCAGAUAUCAGAUCGCCCAGUGACACCUGGCAUGGAUUCUGAUAGCUCUCUCGGCAAGAAUCGUCCCCGUCGAAGCUCUCUCCAUUUUGCAAGUUUGCCCAUUUUCAAACGAACUGGAACCAGCGAGACCCUUGACUGGCCGAGCGCCCAUGGCAAUUCUGCAAAGGAUCGUCUCGAGCCCGUUGCUGGUUCUGGUAGUAGAGAUCCAGAACCGGACGGUUCGUUUGCUGUUGAACAGUCCAUCAAUAUGGAAGAGGCUCUCGAACAGCACCUGCCCACGGGCAAUACUGCAGCUGGCACUGUCGAAGAUUCGGGAUGGGAAAGACGUCAGGAGUCGUCAUCCGUUCCACCCGGUCCCUCAGCUGCUCCUCCCGCCCUAGAUCGGUCGUCACCGACAGAUGAUCUCUCUUACGCCGCCGAUCUAAGGGAAGAGCUGGUCGCUGCUCUGCGGCUGCUCGAUUCCGAGCCAGUCUUGGUCGGGGUCCAUGACCCUGGUGAUCUAGAACCAGGCGGCAGGCUCCUUGUGGAUACAGAGUCUACCCAAGCAUCAACACAGACCAGGGAUCUAAGCGAUUCCCAGGCGGAUGCCCCUGCCACAGAGUCUUUGUCUCGGGUCAUCCCUAUCUCUCUCCAGGUCUCUGAAUUUGAUCUACCAGCAGAUUGUCUCAAUGGGGAAGAUCAGGAUGAGGAAUACAAGGUUGACACUGCGAAGCUCUCGCAAAUUUCCAUCGAUGAGGUUACCUCUCAGCCAACGGGUACUGGGGAUGGGCUUUUUGAGACAAAUAGCGAUAACAGUGGCUUCAACGCGGAGAAGGGUCUCAUCGCUGAGAAGAGCGACUAUGACCAAAAGCCACCCAACGAGAGGUCCAACCAGGUUGAACAGGAGCAAUUGAAUGGAUCACAUGAAGAACAUCAGGCCAAUGGUACCGUGAGCGAAGGUGUCGAUCAUCAUCUACUUUCCAACCCUAUCCAGACCAAAGAUACUACCCAAGAAGAACGAAUUACAAAUCCAUCGUCUCUACCUUCAAAGACGAUCACUACCCCUAUAGGCCCGAAGAAUGCCCUAACGGUACCCUCAACAAGACGCUUCUAUCUAUCUGCCAUCAAUGACGAUAACAAGAGUGGCAAUCAGAAUGGACGAGCACCACCUUCUCCCACACCUCCGAAACUUCAAUUGACGCGUCCAGCUCAGGCGCCGCCCCAAGCAUAUUUGAGACAAUACAGUCCUCCAAAGCCAUCGCCGCUGAAUCCUUCGUUGCACCAGGUACCGUCAAUCUCAUCCUUGGGGACCGUGAGAGGCAGGCAGCAACAUAGGCCCCAGAGCUCGAGUAUAUCAGAUCUCCAGUCUAGACAGUCUGCAGAUUCGGCGUACGACGACUCGCUCCGACGGUUCAGCAUGACCCAAGUCUCCCUGCCAUCGGACCCGGGUGACUGGAAUCAUCGGCAGUCUCCCCUCGGCAUUCAAGGGCUGGGGACAGACGCACAUACGCCUGCUCAAAGGAGUGACCGCGAUAAUGCAUGGCAAAAUUCUCCCAAGCACAAUACUCCAACCACUACAGGCACUCAGGGCGGCCCUUUGCCCCCAGGCGGCAGUAGUCCUCAUUCAGAUAGCGUUCAGAGUGCCGACAGUACUCGCGUCCACGCGAAUACAUCUAGGAUCGAGCUGGUGGACGCAAUUGCGACGCCAGUCACUCGCUCGGAACAACCGGUCUCGCAGCGGGCCACGUCGGCGAUGGGAAAGCUGAAGAAUAUCAGCAAGCUGCAUCGUAUCUCCCUGGGCAGUGCCCCAACUCCGACUACUUCCAAAAACGGACAGAAGAAAAAGGGUCUGGGACGAUUCAGUGGGAUUUUCAACCGGCCCACCACCCAAGAGCAUCUAAAUGCGUCAGGGGCUCCUGUUUCGGCUCCUCCUCCGAAGGGCCUACCACCCUCGCAGAGCUAUCCUAUGAUGAUGAAUUCACAACCCACCACAUACCCAUUGGCCUCUCCUCAGCCGCCAGCUCCCCCCUUCGCUUCUCAAGGUCACCAGCCACGGUCUCGUAGCAACAGUGGCCCGUUCCUGGGACAGCCUCCUCCACUUCAAGGAUACUAUGCUCCACCGACACAAGUUCCGCCCUCUGGCCAUUUCUCCACGGAGAAACAGCUGGAGGCCGGCAUGGGCUACAAUGAUAUGUCGAUGUGCCAAUCUUCUGUGCCGCAACGCUUGCAGCAACGUGUCGCUACUCAACCAGUGAAUCACCCGCAACAACCUAUGUUGUCUGAGCCUCAGCCAAACCCUCGUCGAGCCAGUAUGCCUCUUCUGUCAGCCAUGUCUCCGAACAGCCCUCCUGCUCCCUUCUCCCGGGGCCAAAAGAUUGCCAAUGCCCUGAGUUUCCGACCACAGAACCCCAAACCAUUACCCCCACCGCCUACGGAACAGCCAUAUCCACGCAUUGAAGUCCCAGAUCCUGCACACAACCCAGGGGCCCUCCCUGCUACACCUCCAAGCCAGCAUUUAGGGGGUCAGGAGCGACAGCAAAAUGACGCGCUUCCUACUGAGACCAGUACCCAGGCGUCUAAAGUAGAACAAACAAUUGAUGGGCCUGGUUUUCCGAAGCCACGACUGAGUGAGUCUGAUGCCCUCGUCUCGCUAACGAUUCCGGAGGAAGAAGAUCCCAGCGAUGCAGCCCAUUCUCACCUGGCCGGAGCGCGGGCGCUCAACGAGCCUGAAGCGCCCGUCGAGCUUCCUGCUACUGCUGAUGACUCGAGUGAAGAGAUUGUGAUGACCAGCACUGCUUACCCUGGCCAGGAAUGGAGACCGUCUGGUUUUUCGAGCUGGGAGCAAUACUAGCACCGGCUAUUUUCUUAUGCUUAACAAUCAGCUAGUCCUUUGGAUUUUUGAUACCCAUUUUCAUGCUGUUUGAUUCGACAGUUAUGGCUCAUUUCCUUACUCAUAUGAGAUCGUUUUGAUUAAAUGCCACAUCGUCAACAAACAUCUGACCUUCAAGAUCUUUCACCCUCAAGACCAUUUAACAAUAAACACACCCCGCUGACCGCUCAAUUGAGUAAAAAAUAGUAAAAUGCCUCUGUGCU